AUGGGAGCACUCAUGGCUUAUUGGACGAUCUCCAAGUUUGAGAGACGAGACUCUGUCAACAGUGUGCGGAAGUUCACUCUAACCCUUUCCUCUCUACCCACGACUAGCGUCUCAUUUUUCUCACUCCCGCCCACUUGGUCUGUCUGCCUGUCUGUCUAUCUCUGUUCGUAUCUAUCUAUCUAUUCCCCUUUAUUCAUAUCUAUGUAUCUAUCUCAUUUAUUACAUAUCUAUCUUUCUUUCUAUCUAUCUCAAUCUGUUCAUAUCUAUCUAUCUAUGUUUUGUGAUAUAUUUGUUUAUCUGUUCAUAUCUAUUUUCGUCUGUUUAUAUCUAUCUAUCUAUCUAUCUAUCUAUCUAUCUAUCUAUCUAUCUAUCUCAGUCUGUUUCUAUCUAUCUAUCUAUCUAUCUAUCUAUCUAUCUAUCUAUCUAUCUUUGAGUUCUUCCUCUCUUCAGAUAACAAUCGCCCGUGCUUACAUCAUGCGCCAUUGUUUUUUUUACAGUUUGCACCGACUGCAGACGCCGAGCAAGGCGAUUUGUCAGAAAGAUAAUGACGCCAACGCGAGUGGCACAUGUGAUAUCUACCAACUUCUUAAUUUAUCUAUCUAUCUAUCUAUCUAUCUAUCUAUCUAUCUAUCUAUCUAUCUAUCUCAGUCAUUUUCUUAUCUAUCUAUCUAUCUAUGA